GGAAAGAGUGGUCUUUUGCUUCUCAAGCAGCCUCUGCUCCGCGGCCUUUGAGCCGUCAAAAUGCCCCUGUCCUCUGUUCCAGCAGCCAUUCUGGCUCAUAUGAUGGCGAUAGAAAACGUGCCGCCUCCUCCGCUUCGCAGUUUACCGAGCUUGAAAAUGUCUAGGCACAUUGAUUAUGGUCAGUUGAACGCAUUAUGCCAGACGAGAGGACUACAAUACAACCAGAGCUACUGCAGUAUCCUGUCAUCUCACAAUUUCUUUAUAAAGCAGUAUCCUAAAAUAUUCCCACAGCAGAAAAUCAGACUGCCAAAACUCUUCAAGCAGGAGGUCAAUAGAAAACCUACUGAAGGCACAGAAGAAAGUCAAGCCCAACAGCCUGCUGAAGACUCUCACAAUGUAGCUGUCUACAUUAAAAAAGCACGUGGUGGCCAUACUUUAUAUGGACCAAAAAAAUCGGAAGAGAAUUUCGUAGAAUUCCUGGCUAUCUUAAAGAAAUUGCCUGUUCACAGGACACCGUCUGAACACAACACGGUGUGGAGGACGCUGAGAACGAUUCCCAAUUUAACGUCUCAGCUAAGUGAUGAGCAUCUGAAAAUACUUAGUAAGAAUAUCAUUUCCGAAACCUGGGUAAAAGGCAGCACAGUCAUUGCAAACGAUGGAUUUUAUAUAAUACUGAAAGGCCUAGCUAGACCUCAAACACGGGUAUAUAAAAGUCUGGUGGAAGAAAAUGAGUCAAAAGCCUCCUUCAUAGCUCAGAAUUACCACAGCUUUGUUUUUGAUGAAGACUUCAAAAACUCUCUCCUUGCUGGGCUGCGCAUACCUUCGUGUGACUCAAUGCUUGGACAAUGGAGCACCUUUGGUACCUUGGAAGUUAUAGCUCAGACUGAAUCCAUAGCAAAGUACGCAGUGGUGAUGGAAGAAGAUUGUGAAAUUCUUAGAAUUCCUGCAAAGGAUUGCACAAAGUUAAAACUGGAAGAAAAGAAACUGGAAAAUAAACAAAAAGUGAAAUUAAUUCGUCAGUGUCCGUAUUAUGAGGAGUGGCCUACUUUAUCCAUAUAUGAGCUAGUUGGACUCAUCAAAUGGAAAAAAUUUCCUCCAGGUCAUGUGAUAGUGGAAAGUGGAAGCAUAAUUUCUUUUGUGGCCUAUAUUAAUUCUGGAUAUUGUAACGUUUAUAGAAGUAUUGUAGGGCUUGUGAAACUACAAUCAAAAAGAGCAAAAAAAGUUCGAAAACUCGUUUAUAUGGGUCAACUUAAGGAGGAGGAGUCUUUUGGUGAGAUUAGCGUUCUUCUUCAACUCCCCUUCACGUGCACAAUAGUUACUGGGAAAGAGGUGGAGAUGGCAAUCAUUGAAGAUAAGGACAUAUUUGAAUUAGACCCAGUGACCAAGCAACUUAUGCUCCAAACAGCUCAGCCAACUUUCGGCCAUCUGACAGAUGAGGAUGUCAAAAAUGAAUAUUUGCAAGAAGAAAAACAAAAGGAAUGGGAAAACUUCAAGGAUAAGACGAUGAAAGAAUCCUUGUAUUAUGGUGGAAUUAUUCCAGGCUUUGGAAAAUGGAGCCACCAGUGGACAAGCAUUCCUCGAAAUCUCAAGGACUCUCUAAUUAGUUAUUAAAGAUACCAACUCAUAAGAAGCUAGGAUUUCAGCAUGGAUUAUUAAUUUUUUUAAGUUUUUCACUUAAAAUCACGAUAAUGGUCUACCAAAUUACCUUACACCUCUAUUUCUUUUUGCCGCUCAGCUUCCUACUAAUUUACUCAUAUAAAUAAAUUCCU